GAGCAAUAUUACAUCCUCCUCUUCGUCCUCGGAAAGUGCGAUACGCCGAUAUCUGUGAUUUCGCCGAUCUGAUCUUCCUCCUCCUCCUCCUCCUCAACCUCGGAAAGUGCAAUACGCCGAUUUCUGUGAACUCGCCGAUCUGAUAAAAAAGUCAUCUCGGCGUCGUUUUCCUUUCUUUCAACCCUCCCUCUUGCAUUGGACAGCUUCAGAUUCCACUAACCUGAUUUGAUAUCUUUCAGCCAUGGAUCCUACAGCUGGGGAUCCUAUGCUACAGGCUCCACAGCAUGAGCUUGAGCUAGAGAACGAGAGUCUGGAGAACGAGGUUCUAGAUGGCGAGACUACCGAAGACGAGAUUCUAGAGGGCGAGACUCCUGAGGACGAUACUCCUGAGGACGAAGAGUCCAAGCCAACCUGCUUCCAGGACCUGCCUGUGGAGAUCCAGACCGCCAUCUUCCAGGAAGCCCUCCAGAAACCCUCGGUCCACUGGCUUGCCGUUGUCAAGCAGAACUACACCCAGACGUGGGGGGUCAAGAUUUCCCCCUUGCCCAAGAAAAAUGACCCAUCUGGCUACCGGUAUCUCAAUGGACUUAAAAGGGUUUGCAAAAGCGCCUAUGCCGCUGUGAGGUUGGCUACUCUUGAAUCCUUCUCUAUCCGGUUCUCGAUGCUCCCCAACACGGCCGAUGCCAUGACGGACCUCUUUGUGCUUGAGUUUCGGCGCUCGACUCGAGUCGGAACCGGCAACAACGUUGACUACAUAGACAGUUGUUACUGGCAUCCAAUGAACACUGUGGUGAACCCCAGAUGUGACGUGUUGAGCAUGAGGCAGAGGUUCAGAGACAUGCGCAAGGUGGCUAUUACUUACAAGCCCACCCAUUCGCACUCGCACCCUGGCCCUGGAGUGCCGUUCAGAUGUCUCUGGAUACACCCGCAAACCCAAACCUGCCUUCCUACCUUCAGGGUCUGCCCAGUCGAGCUCGCCGGCUUUAUCGACUGCCUUCCCGACCUCGAGACUCUGUACAUCAUCGUCGUCGUCUCUGGACGCAACUUCUUCCACCAGGCCGCGGUGCACCGAUACAAGCAGCACCUAUUUGGUCCUGCUCACACUCGACCAGUUCCAAAUCUCGAGACCUUCUACGACUCGAAGAACACCUACAUCGAGCUCCACGCCCCGACCGUCACGAACUCGAACUACGCCAUCUGGGACUCCGCCACGGUGUUCGACAUCCUGGCCAGGACGAAGACGUCACUGCUCCAGGGCUCGACGUGGCAGACGCCCAUUGAGCAACGCCAGGCCAUCAAGCUGAAGGCCCUGGUCCAGGUGCUGCCGGUAUGAGGGGUUGGCAGAUCUGCCGGGUUGCGAUUCGGUGCUGGGGAACACACAGGACCCGGGAAUCUCCAUUGCUUCUUUCCCCCCCGUUUCGCUUUUGGAGGAAGGGUUGAGUUCUGGCAUGGCAUGACAGGGCAGGCUGGGGAGACGGAUGAUCAGUGCGCAUUUCCCUAAAUAGCUGCAAUAGGGGCGGACAUUAUCUUCGUCAUAAUAGAGAAUUGCUCUGCAUGCAGGUGCUGUUUGCUAUUUAUGCAGGAGAUCUGUGCGUAACAGGUGGUGCGACACCAGCCAUCGCAUGGCAACACCAAUUGCGACGGCGACAGCAAUGGCGUCGUAAUGAGACAAAAUGUAGUUGACUUGGAGUUUCACCCCAAACCAGCUAGCAUCCGUGGCGCCGAGAUCGGCAUAUUUCGGCUUGAUCACCGAUCAUUUUCGGGAUCCAUCGUCAUAC